AAGUGGAGCUUCUACGCCGGAUUGCCGCUCAGCGCCAUAGCUCUAGGGGCGCGCCCUUUCGGAAAGGGGAGGAAGGGCGGCAGGGGACCCCCCCAAAAAAACAUCGAUGUUGCAGGAAAGGAAUUGAGAAUCGGGAUCGAGGACAAAGAGGCAAUGUCAGAGUGACUGACAAGCUGAGAUACAAUCCUUCAGCAUCCGAUGAUAGCAAUUCCAUGAAUCUUCCCAGUCAAAGGACCCAUUUUCAUGGUAGACAGUACCUGUGGCUGGAGUCUCUACACACAGGGUGUGCCUAUACAGGCCAAAGACUGCCAGUAUUAGCACAGGACUUCCUCUCUGCCCACUCUGAAGAAGGUGUUACAGAAGAACGUCAGAAUUCCAGGGGAUGGGGAACCUUUCAUUUCAUUAGGAAUAGACAUUGAAAUGUGCGAAAUGUGGAAUAUGCUUCACUGAAUGAGCACACAUAGCUCACAUCAACUAACUCACAGGAGAGAAACCUUUUAAAGAUUUGAAGUGUGGAAAGAGUUUCACUGAUAGUGAAAAACCUAGAAUACAUCAGCAGACUGCCAUGGGUAAGAAAGGAUUCAAAUGCAGGGAGUGUGGGAAGAGCUUCAGUCAGAGGGCACACCUUAAGUUACAUGCACAGACACACCAAGAGAAGAAACCUUUUAAAUGUAUGGAGUGUGGAAAGAGUUUCCGUCGAAGAGAUACACUUAGAAUACAUCAACAAACUCACACAGGGGAGAAACCAUUUAAAUGUGUGGAGUGUGGAAAGAGCUUCAGUUCCAAUACAACCCUUAGAUCACAUCAACGGACUCACACAGGGGAGAAACCAUAUGAAUGUAUGGAGUGUGGGAAGAGCUUCAGUUAUGAUGCAGGCCUUAGAUCACAUCAACGGACCCACACAGGGGAGAAACCAUAUGAAUGUAUGGUGUGUGGGAAGAGCUUCAGUUACGAUGCAGGCCUUAGAUCACAUCAACGGACUCACACAGGGGAGAAACCAUAUGAAUGUAUGGAGUGUGGAAAGACCUUCAGUCGGAUUGGAAACCUUAGAAUACAUCAACGUACACAUACAGGGGAGAAACCGUUUAAAUGCAUGGAGUGUGGAAAGAGCUUUAGUAAUAGUGGAACCCUUAGAAUACAUCAACGGACGCAUACAGGGGAGAAACCAUUUAAAUGCAUGGCUUGUGGAAAGAGCUUUAGUGAUAGUGGAAGCCUUAGAAAACAUCAACAUAUUCACACAGGAGAGAAACCAUUUAAAUGUAUGGAGUGUGGAAAGAGCUUCAGUUUCAAUUCAAACCUUAGAAAACAUCAACUGACUCACACAGGGGAGAAACCAUUUAAAUGCAUGGAGUGUGGAAAGAGCUUUAGUCAAAAUGCGCACCUAACUUUACACCAUCAAACUCACACAGGUGAGAAACCAUUUAGAUGUAUGGAGUGUGGAAAGAGCUUCUUUCAGAUUGGAAACCUUAGAAUACAUCAACGAACUCAUACAGGGGAGAAACCAUAUACAUGUAUGGAGUGUGGAAAGAGCUUCAGUCACGAUGCAGGCCUUAGAUCACAUCAACGGACUCACACAGGGGAGAAACCAUUUAAAUGCAUGGUGUGUGGAACAAGCUUUAGUUAUGGUGGAAGCCUUAGAUCCCAUCAACGGACUCACACAGGAGAGAAACCAUUUAAAUGUAUGGAGUGUGGAAAGAGCUUUAGUUACGAUGCAGGCCUUAGACAACAUCAACGGACUCACACAGGAGAGAAACCAUUUAAAUGUAUGGAGUGUGGAAAGAGCUUCAGUUUCAAUUCAAACCUUAGACAACAUCAACUGACUCACACAGGGGAGAAACCAUUUAAAUGCAUGGAGUGUGGAAAGAGUUUUAGUGAUAGUGGAAGCCUUAGAACACAUCAACGAACUCACACAGGUGAGAAACCAUUUAAAUGUAUGGAGUGUGGAAAGAGCUUCAUUCAGAUUGGAAACCUUAGAAUACAUCAACGGACUCAUACAGGGGAGAAACCAUUUAAAUGUAUGGAGUGCGGAAAGAGCUUCAUUCGGAUUGAACACCUUAGAAUACAUCAACGGACUCAUACAGGGCAGAAACCAUAUAAAUGUAUCGAGUGUGGGAAGAACUUCAGUCAGAGUGCACACCUUAGACAACAUCAACGGACUCACACAGGAGAGAAACCUUUUAAAUGUAUGGAGUGUGGAAAGAGCUUCAGUUAUAGUGGAAACCUGAGAGUACAUCAACAGACUCACAUCGGUAAGAAACGAUUUAAAUGUCUGGAGUGUGGAAAGAGCUUCAGUCAGAAUGGAAAUCUUAGAACACAUCAGCAGACACACAGGGCAGAAACUGUUUAAAUGUAUGGACUGUGGAAGGAGCUUCAGUCAGAGUGGAAGCCUUGAUUUAUGUCAACAAACUCACACAAAAGACAAACCAUAUAAAUAUCAGGAAAGUAGGUAGAGGUUCAGUCCUAGUGGAAUCCUACAUCUACAGACUCAUGGACAGGAAGAACUUUAACAGUUGACACCCUACAAACCCAUCAACCCUCAAAGAGGAGAAGCUGUUUAAAGGGAAAGAUUGCAGAAAGUGCUUUAGUUAUAAUGGAGUGUUUAAGGAACAUCUAAGAGCCACUGUGGGAGAACCCAUUUAGAUGUAUGGAGUGUGGGACAUGUUCCUCUCAGAGUCCACUCUUCUUCCCAGCAAUGAUCUCCAAAGAAAUCCAUAUUCCUGCUUCAGGGCCAGCUGAGUCUGUUUCUCUUGUCCUUAUCUCUUAGCUAGGUAACUCCUGUCUAAUCUGCUCUGUAUCAGUGUCACUCCCUGCUUCUGAGACCACUGCAAAAGAGGAGGGUCAAUUCCCCCCCUCCAGCUCCCAGGAAAGCUGAUCUGCCUGAGAAUGCAUUCCUACAUACUCAGCUUCAGACCAUUCCCUGACGCAUUGCGAGAACCCUUGAAAAAGAAGUGAUUUGGCUCACCAUUGGAAGCUA